CUACACCAAUCAAAUAUCUUCUUGCUUCCCAAGUUUCUUAUUUAUUUAUUUUUCCAAAAAGUCAAAUCCAACCCCCAUUAUUAAAGCAGAGCCAUAACCAUCGUUCUAUUCAAGCUCAAAACAUUUUCAGGUUGGCCAAACGUAACAUGAAGAGAGAGGGGUCGCCAACAUGGGAUGGUUCGGGCCCAUCGCAUCCUACCAUCCCCAUUGAAUCCUGGACCCACUACCGUCAACGAGUUCGCCUCACCCCCAACAGCCGGAUUGUUCACCAAAGUCUCAUCCAAGCCCACCAACCACUCCCAGUUCCCCGGAAAGUGUGGCAAGGCUCGCUGCAACUGUUGCCAUAUGCACCCGGCUUCCAAAGCCAAGGACAAGACCAAAGGGACCCAGAAACUCAGAUCUUGCGACGUCGUUUCCAAUCCUAGGUUGCUCACUUGGCGAGUCGUGGAGGGUCGGCACGGGUUGAAUAUUUCUGGCUACUUUGCUUUGGGUAUUCUGGAUCAGCUGGAGGAUGAUGAUGAUGGUGAUAGAGAUGUGGAUGAGUAUGAUGGUUCAUGUGGUGAUGGUGAUUUUGAUCGUGUGGUGGUGGGAUUCGAGCCGAACAAAGCAGAGAUUGUGAUAAAUGACGGUGAUGAUGAUGACGACGAAAAUGGUAAUCAUGGUGGUGAUGAUGUUGAUGAUGAUGCAAUAAGCUAUUGCAAUGUGGGUUUUGUGAUGGACCAAGCAGAAGGAGAUGAGGAUUGGUGUCUGGUGGGGGAAGUGUGACGUAAAGACCGACGAUCGUUCAUCAUGUCUUAUUCCUUUUCCAUAACAUGCAUUGUUAUGCUUUUCAAAUUGUAUAUUUUAUUUGAAGUUGUAAUUGAAGUCCAAAUAAAAAAGAAGUUGGAAUUCACUAAUUCUCUUGUUUAUCUACAAACCCAAAAAAAAAGAAAAAAAAAAAGAAAAGUAAAAAAAGGAACUUUGUUUUUUCAGCCAGCCAAAAAAAGAAAAAAAAGAAAAAUCAGUGUUUUAUGAAGUCCAUAGUCUACAUGUUCAUCGAAAAAAUCCAUGGUCUACGUAUUUCAUUAAUAAAUGUUGAGGUUGUUGAUUA